AUGUCCACCGCUGUGGUCUCCGCCGACGACGGCCUCGAACCGACGUUGCAGUCUAUCCUCGAUCAGAAGACGCUGCGAUGGAUUUUCGUCGGUGGUAAGGGUGGCGUGGGAAAGACGACAACAUCGUGCUCCCUCGCCAUACAGCUCGCCAAAGUUCGUCGUUCGGUCCUACUCAUCUCUACCGAUCCCGCCCACAAUCUGUCCGAUGCCUUCGCGCAAAAGUUCGGCAAGGAGGCGCGAUUAAUAGAAGGUUUCUCGAACCUGAGUGCUAUGGAAAUAGAUCCGAAUGGAAGUAUCCAAGAUUUACUAGCCGGACAGGGUGAAGACAACAGCGAUCCUAUGGGUGGCAUGGGUGGCAUGAUGCAAGAUUUGGCAUUCGCGAUUCCGGGUAUAGAUGAAGCCAUGUCUUUCGCCGAAGUUCUCAAACAAGUCAAAUCCCUCUCCUACGAAGUCAUCAUUUUCGACACCGCGCCCACGGGCCACACCCUCCGUUUCUUACAGUUCCCCUCUGUCCUCGAGAAGGCUCUUGCUAAGAUCUCCCAACUUUCUUCCCAAUAUGGCCCUUUAUUGAAUGGCUUCCUCGGAAACCAAGGCACACUCCCGAACGGACAGAACCUGAACGAGAUGAUGGAGAAGCUGGAGACCCUUCGCCAGACUAUCUCCGAAGUCAACACACAGUUCAAGGAUGAGAACCUCACAACGUUCGUAUGUGUCUGUAUAGCAGAAUUCUUGAGUCUUUACGAGACGGAGCGUAUGAUUCAAGAAUUAGCAAGCUACAGCAUCGAUACGCACUGCAUCGUGGUGAACCAGCUACUAUUCCCGAAACAAGGCAGUAACUGCGAACAAUGCAACGCGCGACGAAAGAUGCAGAAAAAAUAUCUAGACCAGAUCGAAGAAUUGUACGAUGAGUUCAAUGUAGUCAGAAUGCCGCUACUGGUGGAGGAGGUACGAGGAAAAGAGAAGUUGGAGCGGUUCAGUGAAAUGCUGGUCCACCCCUAUGUACCUCCCGAGUAA